GUUUGCGUAGGAGGGUUCCUUCUUUUUGUGCAAGCGUUCGUGCGAGUCAGUUGUUCUGGUUCAGCGCUGGUUGCAAUUUUCACUUAAAAAACAACUAUCUCGACCAGGAAACAUCUUCUAAAGCAUGGCUGCUGCAGUUGCUAAGGAUAUUGAGAAGCCCCAGGCGGAAGUUGCAUCAGUUCACCGUAUUCGCAUCACCCUGACAUCUCGGAAUGUGCGCUCCCUGGAGAAGGUGUGUGCUGACCUGGUGACUGGCGCCAAAAAGCAGAAGCUGCGUGUUAAGGGUCCAGUGCGUAUGCCGACAAAAAUCCUGAGAAUCACCACCAGAAAGACACCUUGUGGUGAAGGUUCCAAGACCUGGGAUCGUUUCCAGAUGCGUAUCCACAAGAGGAUUAUUGAUCUGCACUCCCCCUCGGAGAUUGUUAAGCAGAUCACAUCAAUCAACAUCGAACCCGGUGUUGUGAUUGAAGUGACCAUCGCCGGAGCUUAAGAUGGCCACAACUUCCGGAAGGAGAAGAGAAAAUUAAAUAAAAAAUGCAUUUCUCCGGAA